ACAACGGGGUUCACUUUAUUAGUCAUAUGGUGCACCGUUACAAGUUAUAAGAAAUUCAAUGCGAGUUAUGUAGUAAAUAAACUGUGUGGACACAAACAAAGGUUUAGAUUUGCUAAACCAAUUUCCCACUAGAAGAGUGGGAACAUUUCACGAUUUUAAAUUGACAGACGUUCCAGAACAGAGAGAACAUGUGCAUUGGAUUUAUUCAAUUACAGGUUAAUUAGUUGUUAUUUUACAUUAAAAUGGCUACAAAUUUGAUCCGCAUAUUGUUAUAAUUAUGGUAAGUUUCGUUUUUAGGAAUUUGAUAACCAGCUAGCAAUUAUAUAAACUCAGUGGCAAGGACACUUGAAACUAUUCGGGGGCUUUGUGUGCAAUUGCGACAGUGGUGGGAUCGUUUAUGGCAAAUGUAUGUUAGAAAAAACGUCUGGUUGCUAGGUAGACAGAAAAUGCAAAACAAGUCUUCGGAGGGAUAUGAGAAGAAAGGAAGUCAGCUAGCUAGCUAGCACGCCCGCCAGUCAGGGAAGCAUGAGAAAGAAGAGAUAUGAUGAAAGAAUGGUGAAAGGCUUUGCUAGGUUGUACGAUGGAAGGACUGGGAAAGGAGAGAUCCAUAUGCAGUUCUAGGCCCUUCCCAUGGCUCAGUCAUCCCGAGAAAGAGGCCUCGUCCCGGCUCUGGAAACUCACAGACUGCUUCUCCACCUACGGGCAGAAAAACACCCCAAGUUACAACACGGACAAACAAAACGAUUACAUGGACAACAGAAAGCCAGUAUUGGAGCUGAAAGAUCUUCCUCCUCCUCCGCAUCAUACCGCUGCCUCCCAGCCCUUCCCUCUUGCCCCCCUCCCUCUGCCCCCUCCUUGUCUGCCUCCUCUUCCACAAGACUCCCUCCAACAACUACCACAACAGGGGGGUAGUCACAACGUAAGCGUGUGCACUCACUGUGAGCACUGCAGCGUAGACCCAUCAGGUCGGGGUGGUUAUGGGGUUGUUAGUGGUGGAGGUAGCACUAGUGUUAGUUGUGGUGUCAGCAGCGGCGUCCCCCUCUACCUCCCUCCAAGUUCUCAGGAAGCCUCUAUCAGCAGGCUAGGAGCCAGUCAAAUAACGCCAACCACCCUCAACUCACACCCGCACUUCCCCAGCCUUGGUGGUGGUGGUGGAGGGGAUGCUAGAGCCACGCUACUCCCCUCCUCUGUAGCCACCACCUCCCAGCCCCUACCCUCUCAGCCUCACUCCCACCUCCCAUGCUCAUGUUGUACAGGAGGCCUACUCAGACCGCUCCACUCUUACCCCUCAAUCCCUUUACCCUACAUUGAGUCUAAAUUCAUUACCCCCUCCGCCCCCCUCUCUACCCCCCAUGGGACUUGUAGCCUGGGUACUCCCGCUGGGUAUUACCCCUGUGGUGAUUACAACUCUGCCACUGUGGGGGUCCAGAGAUCAUCGGCAGCACACAGUGACCCCCACAUCCCCACCUCGGGACAUAUCUGUUCUUCUAAUGCUAUGCACUUCAAUCUUGAACGCACGGUUUGUCGCACGGGGGCGCACUACUGCCGGGAUUGUUUGACGAAGCCUGCAGACAAGUUGUGGCCUAACAUUCCUCUGCCCCCGGCCCAGUCGGCCCCAGUACCCAUCCCCAUGUGUAACGGCUGUGGGACCUCCUCCGACGGCCUGCUACUGCUGGGUUCCAGCCUGGGCAAAUCUGCAACGAAGUAUGGUUCUCCAGAAGGUCCUGAGAACAUCCCUCCGGUGGGUGUUUUCUGGGACAUAGAGAACUGCUGCGUUCCCAGUGGUCGCUCUGCUGCGGCCGUGGUCCAGCGCCUCCGCAGCCACUUCUUCCAGGGCCACAGAGAGGCGGAGUUCAUCUGCGUCUGUGACAUCAGCAAGGAGAACAAGGCCGUCAUCCAGGAGCUCAACAACUGCCAGGUAACGGUAGCGCACAUUAACGCUACCGCCAAGAACGCUGCGGACGACAAGCUUCGUCAGAGCCUGCGGCGCUUUGCAGAAACACACACUGCCCCUGCUACUGUGGUGCUAGUCUCCUCCGACGUGAACUUUGCCAGCGAGCUGAGCGACCUCCGGCAUCGCCAUGGUUUCCAGGUGAUCCUGGUCCAUAAGAGCGGUCAGACGUCGGAUGCCCUGCUACAGCACGCCAACCGCCAGGUGGCCUUUGAAGAGAUGGUAGCCGACCUGCCGCCUAGACAGGCUGACAAAUCACAGCUGCACUCCCCUAGGAGGAACAGGCGUGCGAGGCGUGAGUGUCAGAGAGAGGCCUCACUCCCCGUUCCGGUGCCUGAGAGGCCCUACAGCCCCAGGAGGGGGAGCGGGGGGACACCUUACCCCGGUUCCCCCCAAGCCAGAACCCUUCCUCAGGAGCUAGGUGGACUGGAGACCAAGCCCAAGAUUGGGGGCUUCCCCCUGGAGAAAGGCCGGGGCUUCCCCCUGGAGAAAGGCCAGCGCAACUCCUCCUCCCCCCACAGUAACGGAGAGGGGCCGUCCCAGCAGCACCCCAUCAAGGCCGGCCUCAUAGGAGAGUCCAUGUUCCGCGGCAGGAGGAGGGACCUCUCCAGCCCCCGCAGUGCAUCUGACUCUGAGCGUCAUGGAGAGUUCCAGGUCAGCACCCCCUCUGCCUUCAGCAAGCUGACCCUGCACAAGACCUUCAGCCCCCUGGUGCUCUCCGAGCCACAGGGCCUCUCCCAAGGCUCCUGGUCCUCACGGAGUGGGUCCCCCUGCAUGUCGAGCCGCUCAUCCCCCCUGAUGGGCCCUCCUCCCCGGGGCAGCAGCAGCCCCUGUCUGCCUGAGGGCCCCCAGGCCUCGGAGCCCUUCUCGGACGGGGCAGACUUACAGGUGGCCAACUUGGACUACAGGAUGUCCCGUAAGGAGCUGCAGCAGAGCCUGCACGACGCCUUCUCCAGACACGGACGGGUUAAAGGCGUGGAGCUGAGUCCCCACACAGACUACCAGCUGAAGGCCACAGUCCAGAUGGGCUCCCUACAGCAGGCCAUCAGUGCUGUGAGCAGCCUGCACCGCUACAAGAUAGGAGGCAAACGCAUCCACGUCUCCCUCAUCACCGGGGCCAGCAACAAGUCACUAGCCAUGCUCAGCUCUGAAAUCUUCCAGAUUCUCCAGGAUGCACCAGCCAGCUGUCUUCCCCUUUUCAAGUUCACUGAAAUCUACGAGAAAAAGUUUGGUCGUAAGCUGGUGGUGAGUGACCUAUACAGACUACCAGAGGUGGUGGCGGUGCGGGAGCAGGGUGGAGGCAGGCUGGUGUGUCUCCUCCCCAGUAGCCAGGCCAGGCAGAGCCCUCUGGGGUCGUCUCAGUCCCAGGAGGGGUCCUCGGCUAAUGGUAGUCCUGUGGUGUUUGAACAGUUGGAGUACCACGAGCCUGUCUGUAGGCACCACUACACACAGCAGAACUUCAGUGAGGCAGACUUUGACCCAGACUCCUAUAAGAUUCCUUUUGUGGUGGUGUCUCUGAAGACCCUGGCCUCCCAGGUCCACUGUCUGCUGCAGUCCCAUGAGGGAACCCUGCCUCUGCUCAGUUUCUCAGAGUGCUAUGCAUCAGAGUUGGGCCCCCUGGCGAUGUCUGAGGAGGGGGAGGAGGAGGGGAGCGUCCCCCUGGAGCACCUCAUCACUUGUAUACCAGGCGUUAACAUCGUCACUGCUCAGAACGGCUUCAAGGUCAUCAAGUGGAUCCACAACAAGCCGCCCGCAUCCAACACAGACCUGUGGAUGCAGCGGUGCAAGUCCCCAGUGGGGAACCCCCAGUUGAUCCAGUUCAGCAGAGAGCUCAUUGACCUGAUGAAGAGUCAGCCCUUUAACCUGAUGCCCAUCAGCAAGUUCAUACCUGCCUACCACCACCACUAUGCCAAGCAGUGUAGGGUGUCUGACUACGGAUACUCUAAGCUGCUGGAGCUACUGGAGGCUGUGCCACACGUACUGCAGAUCCUUGGCAUGGGCACCAAGCGUCUGCUGACCCUGACCCACCGUGCCCAGGUGAAGAGAUUCACCCAGGACCUCCUCAAACUGCUCAAGUUCCAGGCCAGCAAACAGGUGGCAAUCACGGACUUCAUGCAGGCCUACCAUUGGUGCUUCUCCAGAGACUGGCGGGUGCUGGACUAUGGGAUGUGUGAUCUAAUGGACCUGCUAGCUGAGAUCCCUGACACCACCAUCACCGUCACACACCAGGACUUGGACACUGUCAUCUCUGUACCCAAGAGAGAUCGUACAUCAGAUGAGAUGGAGCGGACCAAGCAGUUUGGUAAGGAGGUGGUGGACCUGCUGCGUCACCAGCCCCACUGUCGCAUGGCCUUCUCCAAGUUCAUCCCUACCUACCACCACCACUUCGGACGCCAGUGCAAACUCGCAUACUAUGGCUUCACCAAGCUCGUCGAGCUCUUCGAGGCCAUCCCCGACGUACUCAUGGUGUUGGACUGUGGAGAGGAGAAGGUGCUGACCCUAACAGAGGUAGAGCGUGUGAAGGCCCUGGCUGCCCAGCUGGUCAAGAUGCUCCGUUCCCAGAGAGACUCCAGCCUGCCUGCUGCCCAGCUGCUGUCUGAGUACAGCAAGACCUUUGGCUACGGCCUGAGGCUCCAGGACUACGACGUCUCCUCCUUGCCCGCCCUGCUCGUCAACCUCUGCCACGUCGUCAAGGUGGUGGACGGUGCUAACGGCCGCGAGGUCCAGCUGAUCAACAGGAAGUCUCUGCGCUCGUUAACGUGCCAGCUGCUGUCCCUGCUGAUGGGCCUGGGGCAGUACGAAGAAGACGGCUCUGUCAGCGUGGAGGGCUUGAGUCUACUGUAUCAUUCUGUACAUGGGGUACAGCUCAACCCCUGUGAAUACGGCUUCCUCUCCCUCAGCGAGCUGCUGAAGAGCCUGCCUUACCUGGUGGUGCUGUUCUACGGUAAGGGUGAGGAAGAAGGCGAGCGUGGCGAGGAGAGAGUUCGACUUACCCGUCUGUACCAGUUUGCCCGUGGCGUGCGUGCCCUGCUCCACACCUACCACUACCACCAGAUCUUCCUGACGGAAUUCCCCGGGGCCUACGCCAAGUUCACCGGAUGCAGCCUCCAACCUCGCUCCUACGGUUACGGCAGCAUAGACGACCUGCUCAACGGCAUACCACAGGUAGUGUGGAUCAAAGGGCACGGCCACAAGAGGAUUAUCGUUUUGAAGAACGAUAUGAAAGCAGCACGAGCCACUGGAGCCAGCCCUGCAGCCUCAGAGGAGCAUGAGGAUGGGACCAGCCAGAGAGACAGCCCCUGUAGCAACACAGAGUCUGGAACUCACAGCCCAGGUGUUGUUGGGGUGGAGACAGAGCUGCUGUGUCUGACUCCAGUGGACCUGCUGUGUGACCCAUUACCCUCCUGUCUGCCCUCUCCCCAGCUGCACCCUGACCCCGUCGUCCUCCAACAGGCUGACCUCAUCCGCUUCGAGCAGACACCAUCACCAGCAGAGCGUGAUAAACCUGAGGCGGAAGCAUUAGCAGCAGCUCCUGCUGUCUGUGACAUAUCCAAGCCUAAAGAACCACUAACUGACAAUAACCACAACGUUGUUGUUGUGGUUUCCACGACAACCAAGCCUCCACAGAGUAUGACCCGCAAAAUGGCGUCUGUUGAAAACAGCCCCAGCAAGAGGGCUCCUCGCAAUAAAGUGAAGCUGGCAGCUAACUUCUCUUUUACAGCUGCACCCUAAGACACACAUUGACAAUCACAUGCUGGAACAUGCACACACACACACACACACACACACACACACACACACACACACACACACACACACACACUCAUCACACACAACUCGAAAAUGAAGAGUUGAUCGGCUAAAUUGUAAAUAGCCCCAAAAAUAAUGAUUUGUUUUUAGUCAUUUCCCCUCUUCUUGCAACAAUCUGUGACAUUAUUUCCUUUCAUUGCCUUUUCUCCUUAUCUUUUCAAACUCAAUCAUCAUGUUGAUGUGGUGUUUCUUCACAAAGCCAUGAGUUUUCUUGUUGCAGUUAUUUCUGCAACAGCCAUUAAUUUUUCAAAGCCGUGUAAUUUCUGUCGGAUUAAUGCAUGUCCAGAAAGGCUUUGUGGUAGAUAUGAAUGAUAUACUAUGGAUAAACUGUUUGGAAACAUGAUUCUCUGAAAGUGGGAAAAAAAACUGCCCCACUUUGGACAAUACUGCAACAACAAAUACUGAGUUAGUUGACACUGUAGCCACGAGUUUACACUGCAAAUCGCAAAAGAUGCCUGUUUUACCACUGAAGACCCUUACCUGAACUCGAAACCCCUCAGAUAUUUAAUACAGUAACUUGUUUAAGAAUUGUAACUUAUACAGGGAUUUUAUAUAAUGUUAAUUAUUGCAAAGUCAGGGAACCUCUGAGAGAAAGCUAUAUAAAUAUGUAGAGAAACGUCAUUAUUUUGAUACUGCCUUGCUAUGUUUCAACAAAGGAACCGUAACGUGUCUACUGCCCUCACCGCUGUGUUGUCCCCAUUGCAUUCUGUCAUCGGACAAAUGCACUUCAUCAUACAGCUAAAAGUUUAAAAAAUAGAUUUGAUCCUUGCCAUUGAGGCAGCUUUGGAGGGUAGUAUUGACCGUUAUCGUUAUUGAGUAACCAUGCCCAUCUCAUUCUUUUAACUCUUCUCUUGGGCAAUGUUUAGCAUUGUGUUCAGUUCACACUCUAGUGUUGAGUCCUCAGACAUCGUUCCCCUUGACUAUGUUCUUUCAUAAAGUAGUGGCCUGUAUGGCUGGUGUUUUCAGUUUUUCAGUCAAGUAUCGAGUCGACGGCAGGAGUGAACAAACUGCCAAAAUAGCAUCAAAGUAACUUUGACGACAGUCUGGCCUCAGUCAAAUCGAUCUAAGCUUGUAUCUGUGUGUUUUCAAUGGGGUGUUGCAAUCAGCGCUGUCUCCAGCGUGUAGGAUAGUGGGAAAGAGGAGGAAUUCUGAUUCCUCAGUGAUGAGUUUUGAACGAGCUCUUGGUGAGGUUGAGGGCCAGUCUGCCUUGGGCCGUUAUUUAGGCAAGGCAGAAGUAGAGACCCUGAAUACUCGGACCAAGUGUUAAAGAGCUUGAAGGCAGCGUGAACAGAGAUAUGGUGACCCUGUUUGCUGCCGGAAGCUAAGUAGAAAUUAUUUCUGAUUUGCAUUUUUAGAGAUUGUCAGAGUGCGGUUUACACUUGAAUAACUUAUAGGUGGUGUGUAAUAUGCAUGUUGUGCAUAAAAAAAACUAUUUUUAUGCAUGGUGUAAACCUACUAGGUCAGAAAUCAGACUGUUAGUGAACCGCAUUUUUAAAGAAAGGGAUUAGUUGUAGUUUCCGCAUAAACCAUAUAUGAGGUAUUGUUUACAUCACCCAACCUCACUCCUGGUUACUGUGGAAACAGCCAAAGUUGUUUUUGUUCAACCUUUUUUGUCUACGUUUUCAGUGUUGUCUGCGCUGUUUGAGUAGAGGAGCUGAGAAGAGCUCCCUCGUUUUGAUUUUUAAAACAAUGAGAUAGACUUGGUGUUUUUAGUAAAAGUGCAAAGAAGAGAUGGGCACUUAUGUGCUCCAGCUGCACGUGAAACAGCAAGAGGGGCCCCUGGAGGCCCCCGAUAGGAUCAAAUGGACAGAGGCCCUCAUGCGGCUCUGGACAACGCCUGGCUCUUACAAUGGCUUGUAUCUGCCAUGGCACUUAGUAAGGGACGGCUACUGAAUUGACUGGAGACAUACCAUACCCCAUCUCUGUCUUUACAUAAGAUUUUUUACUUGUGAUUGUCUAUAGAUUAUUUUUUUUGUGCCUAUCCUACUUUUUGGUGAGAGUGCUGAUUGUACCAUCCAACACCAAGUUAUGACAUUGAGUUCCUACCUACAAGCAUGGUUUGGAAAGUAGAAGGCAUGGCUUGAUGUAAGGAAAAACAGCAUCCCCAUGAACGGAUGUUGAAUAGAUGCAGUUUCCUCUCUUGUGCUACUGUGUUGGAGAUGCAGAAAAUACCAUAGAAUUGGGCCAGAGCCCAUGAUGUCCAUCUCCUUUGAUCCAAAAUGGCUUCCUUCUGUCAGUGUUACUGUAUGUGUUGGAGAUGCAGUUGAAGACCAGAGAAAUUGGGCUGGAGUCCAUGAUAUUGAUCUCCUUGCCAAGAGCCAAUAUAGCUAUAGCUGCUCAGAUUCCUGUCCUGUUAGUGUUUUUCUUGACUGUUUCAAAUGAGCAUCUAAUUUGAUUCUCCUCGUUAUUUACUAGAUCUUUUGUGUUUUGAAGCCCAAGACUUCCUUCCUGUUUCUAAUUACAUGGCUCACUCAGUAAAGGAGUUGGCUUUCCCAGAGCUGAGGGAUAGCAAGGCUUAAAGGCUCAGAAUCUUCCGAAAGUGUUAGACCCAGUUUGAACAAUGGGCAGAAUCUUAUUUCUCUCUUUAACGAAGGGACAAUCGGCACAAAAGUUGCCUUAAAAUUGUGCACCAAAACUUAAAUUAGACUUUUUAGUUUGGCCUCAAGACGAUAUAACUGCGUUUUACAUUAGAACUAACUCCCAAGUGCUACAGUGUCCACUAUCUCAGAAGGCAGAGUUAAAAUAAGAGGUACAAUUCUCUUAAGUGUGCUUACAUCAGUAAAAAGCAACAUGUGCUGGUAAAGUACUCCGUAUGCACCUUUGCAUAGUUUUGGUUCUUGUAAAAGGAGUUUUAUUGUGGGUUUGUUCAUUUCUGGGGUGAAAAAAUAGUUUUACAAGGUUUUGUCAUUGUUGGUUAAUUUGUAUCGGACUCCACUAUAGUGCGAUUCAAUUGUAUCUCGCAGUGAGUAUGUAAUGGGGUGCGUCCGAAACAGCACCCUAUUCCCUAUAUAGUGCACUACUUUAUAUGGACUCUGGUUAAAAGUAGUGCACUAUAUAGGGAAUAGGGUGCUAUUUUAGAUACUACCAUGUCUGUCAAUGUUUGUUGCACUUCUCUUACAGUAUUUCUGUUGUACUCCCAUGAAACGCACCCCCUCCAGUGCUCGUCAUCAAGGUUAUCCUUUGUGAUCAUUUUUCUGUUCUGUAUUUGUUUCACUGACGUAUUCAAUCGUUCUCCCUGUUACCCCUUCACCUCACCAUACACAUACAAGACGUUGCUGUAACUGUUUCAUUCAUGUUGAGGGGACCAAAUGAUUUCUGUUGAAUAAAUCACAAGCAUUA